AUGGCGGCCACAGAGGCCAACGGCAGCGAGAGCCAUCCGUCUGUACAACUCCAGAGUGCCAAAGGCCAACCUGAAAACCCUUUCGCCAGCCUCGUAUCCGAUCAACAAUACGCCAUUGUACCUUCCUUCACCCUCGAGUCGGGCGUCGUCCUCAAGAAUGUUCCCGUGGCAUACACAACUCGGGGGCAACUCUCAGAGAAUAAAGACAAUGCACUGGUAAUAUGCCAUGCGCUCAGUGGCAGCGCCGAUGUGGCCGACUGGUGGGGUCCUUUGCUGGGAGGCACCGGGCAAGCUUUUGACACGACAAGAUUCUUCAUUGUCUGUUUGAACAGUCUAGGAAGUCCGUACGGCAGUGCCAGCCCAGUCACCAGCAGAGACGGAGAUCCGGAAUUGGGGACCUAUGGCCCCGAAUUCCCUCUGACCACGAUAAGAGACGAUGUGAACAUACACAAGAUCGUACUUGAUGCCCUCGGCGUUCGGAAGAUCGCAUCCGUCGUCGGAGGAUCCAUGGGCGGUAUGCUAUGCCUAGAAUAUGCCUACUUUGGCAAAGAUUAUGUGCGCACCAUUGUUCCCAUUGCUACGUCGGCCACACACAGUGCCUGGGGCAUCAGCUGGGGCGAGGCCCAACGGCAGGCCAUUUACUCGGAUCCCAAGUAUGAAGAUGGUUAUUACUCGCCUAAGGAUCCGCCCACGGCAGGCUUGGGGGCUGCGCGCAUGUCUGCGUUGCUCACGUAUCGCAGCCGUGAUUCGUUCGAGGCACGCUUCGGGCGAAACGCACCUGAUCUGUCGAAACGACAAGCCAUCAACCAGGAGAACGGCAACGGGGUGCAGAACGAACAUUGGUCGAUUCACAACGACGGUCACAGUCGUGCCAAAGGAUUUCGACCCGGGUCGCGCAGCGGAACCCCUUCAGGGUCGACACAGCCGGAUUCGCCGGAGCAGGCGCAGACAGCGACCUUCAAAGAUCCACAAUUCAGCGGUACGACAGAAUACUCGGUCCCCGUACCAGUCCUCAGCCGGAAAACCUCGCACCCCACGAUUCAUUACUUUUCCGCACAAUCGUACCUGCGGUACCAAGGCAACAAGUUCGUGGGUCGAUUCGACGCGAAUUGUUAUAUCGCCAUUACCCGCAAGCUUGACACGCAUGAUGUGUCAAGAAAUCGGGCAUCCAGUAUCAAGGAUGCUUUGGCGCUCAUUGAGCAACCCGCCCUGGUAUUGGGCAUCGAGUCUGAUGGGCUCUUCACCAUCGCCGAGCAGGAGGAGCUUGCCCAUGGCAUCCCAAAUGCUCGGCUCGGGAAGAUUGACAGCCCCGAAGGACAUGAUGCUUUCCUGCUGCAAUUCGAACAGGUCAACAGCUAUCUCUUGGGGUUCUUCCGAGAAUUCCUGCCAGAAAUCAUGAGCAAACCCGGUGUGGGAGGUGAAGAUGGAGUGGCCAAGGACGGAGUCGGGAAAAUGACGAAAAGCAGUACGUUCGGAGAGGCAGAGAUUGGCGACUUGACUGCCUGGUGA